AUGGCGCCGACAAGCGCAAACCUCUCGCCGGCCGAGCUGAGCUACCUACACAACUCCCUCUCACAAACACCGCCCAUCCGCCCCGACGGCCGCAGCCCCACCCAAUUCCGUCCUCUGGUCGCCGAAUCCGAGAUCCUACCUUCAGCAAACGGCUCAGCGCGUAUUUGUUUCGCAGAUGGCACCGAAGCAGUAGUCGGCAUCAAGGCCGAAGUCGAAAAGAGCGCUGGUUUCGGUCGCGACAUUGCUGGCGAGACAGAAGAGGCUGGUCUGGGUACAGCAGGAGGCAAUGAGAUUGAAAUGGGAGGCAUGGGCAAGGGAGACGAGGGAAAGCAAGGAAGAGAUGCUUGGGUCGAGGUGCAGAUUGAGAUGCCUGGAUACAGAGACGACGAUGCAUUGCCUGUCUUCUUGGGCGCCAUGCUGCGUGAGAGUCUGCUGGCCACAGAGACGCUGAAGAAUCGCUUAUACAUCAACCGCCGUUUCCACUGGCGCUUGUACAUUGACAUCCUACUCCUCUCAGCACCGCUAUCAUACCCCCUUCCUCUCCUCUCGCUAACAACACAUCUCGCCCUCCAACACACCAACCUGCCUGCCCUCAUCUCAGAACAAGACGAAGACCCGCUAUUCAACGACGACUGGGACGCCGCCGUACCCCUCUACCUCUCAGGCCAAAAGCCUCCCGUCACACUUCUCCUCGCCUCCGUAGGCCCAAACAUCCUCUUCGACCCCAGCGGCGAUGAGCUCGCCGUCGCAGAUGCCGUUGUCGCCGUCAGUGUCGCACCAUCAGCUGAGAAGCAACUUGCCGUCAUGGCUGUACGAAUGGUAGAUCCGCCGUCAAGGUUGACAGGAGCUGGCACACCGGAUGUGCUCAAUACUGCUACAGGCGGUGCUGCGCCGGCUAAGGCUGAAGCCCUUGCAGUCAGAGAGACUGAGAGCGGCGUGUGGAGACCGCCCAGAGGUGGUGUGAGCCGCAGCCUUGUGGCUCGCAUGAUCAAGAUGGUCGUCGAGAAGGGUGGUGUUGGCGAGGAAAUCCUCGAGGCUCUGGACAAAGUCGAGACUUGA